AUGAAUCCUGGAGCGCCCAACUAUCCCAUGGCCUCGCUCUAUGUGGGCGACCUACACACCGACAUCACCGAGGCGAUGCUGUUCGAGAAGUUCUCGUCAGCUGGGCCCGUUCUGUCGAUACGCGUAUGUCGCGACAUGAUCACUCGUCGCUCGCUCGGCUACGCAUACGUCAACUUCCAGCAACCGGCCGAUGCCGAACGCGCCCUUGAUACCAUGAAUUUUGACAUGAUAAAGGGGCGGCCUAUUCGGAUCAUGUGGUCCCAACGCGAUCCCUCUCUACGCAAAUCGGGCGUUGGAAAUGUAUUUAUUAAGAACCUAGACAAAAACAUAGACAAUAAAGCGAUGUACGAUACAUUUUCCGCGUUCGGUAACAUAUUGAGUUGCAAGGUUGCACAAGACGAAUCGGGCGGGUCGAAAGGUUAUGGCUUUGUACAUUUUGAAACGGAGGAAGCGGCCAACAAAUCUAUCGACAAGGUCAACGGGAUGUUGCUCAACGGCAAAAAGGUGUACGUUGGCAAAUUCAUCCCGCGUAAGGAACGCGAGAAAGAGUUGGGCGAGAAGGCGAAACUCUUCACGAACGUCUAUGUGAAAAACUUCGGCGAAGAUAUGACUGACGAGAAGCUGAAGGAGAUGUUCGAGAAAUACGGGACCAUUACGAGCCACAGAGUGAUGAGCAAGGACGAUGGCAAGUCACGUGGUUUCGGAUUUGUCGCGUUCGAGGACCCGGACGCUGCCGAGCAGGCGGUGAUGGAAUUGAACGGCAACGAGAUCGCCGACGGCAAGUGCAUGUAUGUGGGGCGGGCUCAAAAGAAAGCCGAGCGCCAACAGGAGCUUAAACGGAAAUUCGAGCAGAUGAAGAUCGAGCGGCUGAAUCGAUAUCAAGGCGUAAAUUUAUAUGUUAAGAAUCUAGACGAUACGAUCGACGAUGAGCGUCUGCGUAAAGAAUUCACGCCGUUCGGCACGAUCACGUCCGCGAAGGUGAUGAUGGAGGAAGGACGUAGCAAGGGUUUUGGUUUCGUGUGCUUCUCACAGCCGGAGGAAGCCACCAAGGCAGUUACCGAGAUGAACGGACGCAUCGUAGGUUCGAAACCGCUCUACGUCGCUCUGGCGCAACGCAAAGAGGAUCGUAAAGCGCACCUCGCCUCGCAAUACAUGCAGCGCAUGGCGAACGUGCGUAUGCAGCAGAUGGGUCAGAUAUUUCAACCCAGUAACGCCGGCAGUUACUUCGUGCCUACGCUGCCACAACCGCAGCGAUUCUACGGACCUGCUCAAAUGGCGCAGAUUCGCGCGACUCCGCGCUGGCCGGCCCAACCGAAUCAAGUACGACCGAACGCGCAGACUGCCACCUCCGGAUUCGCGUCGAUGCAAGCACCCUUCCGAGCGGCACCGCGCGCUCCUUCCGCAGCUGGUGCCUUGCGAAACAGCAUGUCUGCCAGACCUAUCACAGGUCAACAAGCGGUUGGCGGCGCCAACAUGCAGACUCGUUCCAUGGCUGGACCCGCUGUUGGUGUCUCGCCCGGUCAGAGCCGUCCGCCGAAUUACAAGUACACCGCAAACAUGCGCAACCCGCCGCAAGCGGCCAUGGCUCUAUCUGCACCAAGUGGUCCUUCUGUGCAGCAGGCGGUUCACAUCCAGGGUCAGGAACCACUCACCGCAUCGAUGUUAGCCGCGGCGCCGCCGCAGGAGCAAAAGCAAAUGCUAGGCGAACGGUUAUUCCCUCUGAUCCAAUGCAUGUAUCCACAACUGACCGGUAAGAUCACCGGUAUGUUGCUGGAGAUCGAUAACAGCGAACUACUUCACAUGUUGGAGCACAGCGAGUCUUUGAAGGCCAAAGUUGAGGAAGCCGUGGCCGUAUUACAGGCCCAUCAGGCUAAGCAAGCGGUCGCGCCGAAAAAGGAAUAACCAGUCACAUCGAUAAUCCUUAUUUAUAAUUCGUGAAAUUAAAUUUCGAUUGUUUAGAAUUUGAUUGGACGUAUACGCGAGUAUGUUAUCCCUUCAUUUAUUUUUAUUUUUCUGAAUUUACGUAAUUUAAUCGUCUAACCAUGUUGUUUAUGUAAUGGAUUUAUUUUCAAAGACGUAACCAGCGGCUUCAGAAUGACUGUCGCUUGGGAAAAUAUAGGAUUAUAUGUUCUUUUCACGAUGUAAAAUUUUAGGAAGGAAACCCUCUUCGUGUUAAGAUAACGUACCUCUGGAUACGGUUGUGGAUACUUACACAAAAACAGUGGGAUUGACCGUUCGUUUAGCGAGACCUUUGUUUACUAAAAGAGGCAAAAUGUAAAAGGAUUUCCAAUCCUAAAAUUUUACGAUAAUAAAUUUUUCUUUCAAAAUA